GAUACGAUUCACCGGCUCGUUGCGAUUUCAGAUUUCGGAUCAUCGCAGUCUGGUUAAUGAAUAUGACGUACACCUGUACACUGUGGGCUGCGAGAGCCAGCAUUCUUCUAUCUAUCCUGCGUAUCUGCCCAUUUGUUGGGCUAGCGCACGUCUUGUACGCCUCCCUCUCAUUCUUUGUGAUUAGCUGGACGGUCUCCCUUGUUACGAAGUGCGCUAUCUGUGCGCGAGACCGUACGUGGGAGCACCAUGCUCCUGUGCUUUGCCCAUUAGGCGCUCCUACCGCGAUUAUUGAGCUGACCGCCGGCGUGGUCUCGGACACCGUCCUAAUAUCCGCUCCUAUAUAUAUGUUACGGGGAAUUCGCCUGCCGCAUCGUACGAAACGGCUCAUUCUCGUCACAUUUUCCAUGGCUGUCUGCAACUCCUUCGCCAGUCUUGCGCACAUUCUACACUUAUUGCCGCCGGUUACACCCAACAUCACCCUCAGUGCGCCAAUUACGGCGUCAAUCCAAACUUCGGUUACACUCAUUGUCGCAAACUUGCUUGUUGUAGUGACCUUUGUCAACCGUGUUAUUUUCAAAAGACGUAGUGAUGAUACUGAAAUGUCGGUUCAUUCGC